CGCGCUCCUCCGGCCGGGCGGUUAAACACUGAGGAUUAAGAACGGUCGUCCCCCCCCCCCACCCUCACGGUGCCCGGUGUCCGGUCUCCCCCUCCCUCACCGUCACCCGCUCCCGGUUUAUUCGACGGUAAAGGGCGGAGGCCGCGCGGCCGGCGGGGUGUGCGCAUGCGCGGAGAGGGUCCCGCGCGAGUCGGCCCUGGAUUCGAAUCCGGAGAUGGCGGAGGAAGCGGAGCAGCCCCAAACUACCAACACCGUUGAGGAGCCUCUUGACUUGAUCAGACUUAGUCUGGAUGAACGGAUUUAUGUAAAGAUGAGGAAUGAUCGAGAGCUUCGCGGCAGACUACACGCAUACGAUCAGCACUUGAAUAUGAUUUUGGGAGAUGUCGAAGAGACGGUUACAACUGUGGAAAUUGAUGAGGAAACAUAUGAGGAGAUAUACAAAUCCACCAAGAGAAACAUCCCAAUGCUGUUUGUCCGUGGUGAUGGUGUUGUUCUUGUGGCUCCUCCACUGAGAGUGGUUUAACCCCAACCAAACUGAGUACCACAGACUGACCUUCAACAUGUGAUGGUGAUUUUCAGUUGAUUGACACAUUUUUUAUAGAACAUAUUUCAAAGUUACAUUGCAUAAGGCUGAUGCCUCUAGUUUAGUUUUAAAAAGGUGUUCAGCUUGGACUCUUGAGAGAAAUAAAUUGUUUUUGCUUGAUUUAAUAAAGAUUACCCCUCAUCUUCUGUG